UUGACGAUGAAUCCCAAGUUUCCCAGCCAAAAUCUCCCAAAAAACAUAUAAAAUUACCAACAAUACUUAUUGAGUAAAUAUAUUCACUUAUACGAUUUGGUGGUUUUUAAUUUUAAGCAUAGGGUUCACUCAAAAAAAGGGUAGGUUUUAGCAACACAACUAAAUAUUGCUAUGUGCUGGGUGUUGAAGAGAUCAGAUCAGACAAAAAAAGUACAAUACAAUCAGAUCAUUAAGAAUACGACUAGCUCAAUCAAUCAAUUACAAAUAUAAUUAUAAUUAUCAGUUAAGGUGUUAUUAAAACUAUCAUCAAAACCAUAUCAAUUAUGUUUUCUGCAAAUUCAGAUUACAAUUAUUUAUCAAAGAUAAUCUUGGUCGGCCCAUCAGGAGUUGGGAAAUCAUGUUUAUUGCAUCGAUUUGUGAAGGGAGAUUGGAAUAUUUUAACGUCGCAAACGAUAGGUGUUGAAUUUUCAUCCAAGAUAAUAAAAAUUGGACAAGGAUUGAACAGUGUGAAAAUGAAAAUGCAGUUGUGGGACACAGCAGGACAAGAAAGAUUUCGGUCAUUAACUAGAUCAUAUUAUAGAGGAUCAGCAGGAUGUUUGUUAGUUUACGAUGUGACAAAUAAGAAGACGUUUGAAAAUUUGCAUGAAUUUUUCACAGAUAUUAAGAAUCUAACAGAGGAUACUAUAUCGAUAAUAGUGAUUGGAAACAAAAUGGAUCUAUUGAACAAAGAAAAUGAUGAUGAAGAUAAUCAUAACCAGAGUCAUAGUAAUCCGAACAACCAGGCCAAUUUGAUAAAUAAGCAUCGAAUUAAUGAAAUAGGGACUGAUAAUAAUAAUAUUAUUAGUAAAAAUAACAAUAAUAUUAAUAAUAAUAAAAAUAAUAAAAAUAAUAAAAAUAAUAAAAAUAAUAAAAAUAAUAACAGUAAAAAUGAGAAUGAUAUUGAUCCAACUAAUAUAGUGCCAAACUCUGAGGCAUUGAAAUUGUGUAAUCAUUAUUCCAAGGAGUUUGGAUAUGAGAUUCCGUUGAUAACAUGCAGUGCAUUGACUGGGGAUAAUAUCAAUUUUAUAUUUGAAAACAUAGCAUCUAGCAUAUUGACUAAAGUUGAGAUUGGGAUAAUUGAUCCAGAAAAUUCAUCGUGUGGAGUGCAAUAUGGAGACGUACCAAUGUGGGAUUCGAAUUCGUUGACCAGCGGAAGUAUUGUUUCUAAUAGUAAUUCAGCAAGCAAUUUGUUGUUGAAUGAUAAGAGUAAUAAAGGGAAGAAUAACAAGAAGAGUAGCAAGGGGAAGAAUCGGGUUAAGAAUCGAAAAAACAUUCUUGAGAGAAGAAAAUUUAAUAGCCAUAAACACAGUAGUAGCAUUGGUAAUAGUAUAGGCAACGAAAAUGAAAAUUAUAAUGAAAAUUAUAAUGAAAAUGAGAAUGAAAAUGAGAAUGAAAAUGAGAAUGAAAAUGAGAAUGAAAAUGCAAUGGGUAGUAAUGAUGGAAAUGUUAAUAUUAAUAACAUUGGUAAUUUGAACAAUGUCAAUAAUAAUAUUAGUGGUAGUAGUAGUGGUAAUAAAGGUAAUGUUGGUGGAAACUAUAUGAAUUAUGGAAACUAUGGGUCAUUAAUUGAUGAGGCAAUUGAUGAAUCUGAUUAUGAAGAUGAUAGUAAUAUAGAUAUCAGAAUGAGUGAGAGAGGUAGAAAUAGAAGAUGUGGAGGGUGUUGUUAGAAUUCUAAAAUAAUAUGGAAGGC